AUGUCAAGUGGAAAGCGACGGAACCCACUUGGACUUAGUCUUCCGCCCACAGUGAACGAAAACGAAAAGGAGGAUGGCACGAAAGAGGAAGAAACUGCCGCGCAAGUUAGUCUCGAUGAACAGUUGAAACGAUUAGGUCUUACGGAACCGCAGAAGCAACGAAUGAGUGAAUGGAUACAAGUGAAGGAGGCCAUAAAGGAACAAGAGCUAUCCGAAGACAUGCUGGAAAACGAAGGCGAACUUGGUCAUGGCAACGGAGGCGUUGUCCAUAAGGUCAUUCACAAGAAGAAUGGUGUAACGAUGGCUCGUAAAUUAGUACAUUUGGAAGUGAAACCUUCGGUACGACAACAAAUCGUGAAAGAGCUCGCCGUUCUUCACAAGUGUAAUAGCCCGUAUAUUGUUGGUUUUUAUGGAGCCUUCAUUGACAAUAAUAAUAGUGAUAUAUCGAUUUGCAUGGAGUAUAUGGACGGACUUUCACUGGACAUUGUUAUGAAAAAGGUUGGCCGAAUUCCCGAAAAGUUCGUCGGCAAAAUUUCCGUGGCGGUAGUACGGGGUCUGGCUUAUCUCAAGGACGAAAUAAAGAUACUUCACAGAGACGUCAAACCAUCGAAUAUGCUCGUCAAUAGCAAUGGUGAAAUUAAGCUUUGUGACUUUGGUGUGUCUGGAAUGCUAAUCGAUAGUAUGGCGAAUUCAUUUGUUGGAACGAGGUCGUACAUGGCGUCGGAUAUCUGGUCCUUUGGAUUGUCUCUGGUCGAACUUCUCAUAGGACGUUAUCCUGUUCCGUCACCAUCGAAACAUGAAUAUUCAGUUAUGUUUGGUAUUCCCGAGUCACAAGUUCAGUUGGCUGAUGGGCGAGCCGACGUACCUCCUUAUCAGGCGUCAAACAAUCCUGCUGCUAUGGCGAUUUUCGAAAUGCUAGAUUACAUCGUUAAUGAACCACCGCCGACGUUACCAAAAGGAGUGUUCAGUGACGAAGCAGUCAAUUUUGUGUCGAAAUGUCUGAAAAAACUACCUGGCGAACGAGCGAAUCUCAAGUCGUUAUCGUCUGAUCCAUUUUUCAUCAAAUAUGCUGAUGUAGAUGAUAAUGGCGAAUUUGCAAGUUUUGUCACGGAGACCAUAUCAAUUCAACCGGUACAAUGA